AUGUCCUCUGUGCCAGUCCUCCUCUAUGCUGCACCCUCUGCCAAAGGAAAAAAGAAACUGUUGGAGGGGGAUGACCCCCAAGACCCAUCUAUGUCCCCUAAACCAGAUGGUGAGCAAAGCAGGAGCCAGAGCCCCAUCCAGCUAGGAGGGUACCAGGAGGACUCCCCCGAAGCAGGCAGGGAGCAGGAGGAGGCACAGGAGCAGGAGGAGGAGCAGGCCUUCCUGGUCAGCCUCUACAAGUUCAUGAAGGAGCGGCACACGCCCAUUGAGAGGGUACCCCAUCUCGGCUUCAAGCAGAUUAACCUGUGGAAGAUCUACAAGGCAGUGGAGAAGCUGGGAGCCUAUGAGCUGGUGACUGGCCGCCACCUCUGGAAGAAUGUGUAUGAUGAGCUGGGGGGCAGCCCAGGCAGCACCAGUGCAGCCACAUGCACGCGCCGGCACUACGAAAGGCUGGUCCUCCCGUAUGUGCGGCACUUGAAGGGGGAGGAUGACAAACCCCUGCCUCCGGCCAAGCCCAGGAAGCAGUAUAAGAUAUCCAAAGAGUUGCAGGUGGAUGACGGGGUGCCAGAGAGGCCGAAGAAGGAGGAGAGGCAGGCGGACCAGAUUAUUCCAGCAAAGACUAAGACAGAUGCAACCAACUUGGCUCAGCUCCCCAGCCAGGAACCCCCUGGGGACAGUGCUGUGCAGCCUGGUCCGACCCCUGUAUCUACUCUGCCUUUCAUGGGGGCCAGCUGCUGCCCCAAGGCCUACAAGAGGCUCCUGUCCAGCUUCUACUGCAAAGGGACACGUGGCAUCAUGUCCCCCCUGGCCAAGAAGAAGCUCCUGGCCCAGGUGAGCAAGGCAGAGGCCAUGCAGUGCCAAGAAGAGUGCUGCUGCCAUGGGGCAGGCCCUGGCAUGGAGCCCAAUGUGACGCCAGCAGCUGGCCCCCCGGAGCACCCACAGAACCCAGCUGAGGACUCCAGAAACCAACUGACCCCUCCAGAGGGCUUGCCAGCACCAAGGGUCAGCCUGAAGGAAGAGGCUCAGGGAAGCUCUUGCCCAGCAGCCCCUGUCUUCACUGGCUACUUCCAUGCCUAUCCCACAGAGGUGCUGAAACCCAUCAGGCAGCACUCCCAGGACUUCCUCCCUAGCCUAAAAGAUGGGGUGCUGUUGGAGCCACCCAGCAAAGAAGCUGGAAUGCUGGCCAAAGAGCCCCAGCUGGUAUUUGGUGGGGAUGUCAACCGCCCCUCAGCAUUCCACAAAGGCGGCUUCAGAAAGGGCAGUCCCUACCUCAAGCCCAAAGCCUGCUGGGUAUCCCCCAUGGCCAGGGUCCCUGCCGAGAGCCAGGCACCAUGCCCUGCCUUCUCCAGCAACCCAGGCCUCAGCAGAAAGCACAACCUGGAGGAAGCAGUACACGGUGCCAACAGACUGUGGGCAGUGUCUCCCUUUCUGAAGGAGGUAGAUGCCAAGGAAUGUGGGGUGAAGCCUCAGGGGCCCAGUUUAGCCAUCUCCUGCCUGCUGGACCCGGCCCUGAGGCCUGCCCCACAUGAGGCCUGCAGGGGCACCAUGCUACGCUGUCCCCUGAGCUGCACCAACACUGUGGACCCCUUAAAGGGCCAAGCCACGCUCCCUGUCAGGCCUCUGGUCAUCCCAGCCUUCCCUGCCCAUUUCCUGGCCAAUACAGCAUCGUCCCCUAUGGCUGCUGGCCUGAUGCACUUCCCGGCUGCAUCCUUCGACAGCGCCCUCCACCACAGAUUGUGUCCUACCACAUCUGCAUGGCACAUGCCGCCCACCACAAGCUACAUCGCCCCCCACUUCUUCCACCUCAACACCCAUCUAUAG